AUGAGACAAGAAAUGUUCUCUUCUCUCACCCUUGUGUCUAUUCUUACUUGUUUUGACAAGUUGGAUAAGAACAGACUAAGAAAACAGUUAUUUCGAGGGAACCAACCUCCAAAUGUUCAAAGCUUGCAUUCGGUUAUUAGAAAACUGGAUCCAUUCGAUCAUCUUAAGGGCACUAGUGCCCUUGAUCAGGCUAAAGACAGUAGAGUUGCUACUCAGGCUACAAUCCAAUGGAGGGAAAUGGGGAAUGAUGAGAAGAUGAUGGUAGUUCAAGCAGAAAUGAAGAGAGUGGACAAACUUCCUAUAAGCAGCAGCUAUGCAACACAUCGUAAGCGAGUUCUCAACAAAGUAUUGCAACUUAUGUCCAUUCAGAGAUCUAACGCGCAGGAGGAAGAAUUGGAUCUGCUUUUUGCUGGCUUAUCUCUCUGACAAACAAACCCAGAAUGUAUGAGCACUGGGCAUUCGGAGUGAAGCAAUUCAUUCAAUGGAGUAACAAGUGUCAACACACUCACAUAACCAUUCCGUGCGGGUUGGGUGUUCUAAAACUACCACUCAAAGAAGAACUUUUAUUGUAGCAGUGUGGCACACCCUAUACCACAUAUAAUUUUGCUUGUUUUCUAAGAGGGUUUGAUAUUAUACAUAGAACAGUGUCUAUUAUGAUCUCAGAUCAGUCAUAUGGUGGUUUAUUUCACGUCGGUUAUGAAAGGGAUUUGAUGUGGGUUGAGAAA